UGCCGGGGCUAUUCGGUCACACAAACGAUUUUGAAGUUUGAAGUUGACGUUUCGAAUUUGACAUGUUUAUCAAAAAAUGGCAGAUGUUUGUGUUAGCUUUUGACCAAUUUUCGUUCGAAAAAAACAGUAAAUACUCGCCACACCGAUCCGCCUAAAUGAUUUGACGAUGGCCACGUUCAGGGCAUUAAGCAGGAACAUACCGUAUUUGCAGCAGCAAUUCGGCGCCCUACUGGGCAACACCAGCACCUGCGUGAAAUUCAUCUGCGGAGUGGUGCUCUUCAGCUACGGUUUGUCCUUCUCCGACGAGGCCGUGCGGGUGAUAUCCGUCACGCCGGGCUACUUGAUGCCCUCGUCCUUUUGGCUGUGGACGGCUUUCACGUUUUGUUUCCUCGAAAUACAUUUCUGGGAGGUGUUAGUGGACAUCGUAACGGUGGGGCUGUGCGGCAAGCUCAUCGAACCCCUGUGGGGCCAGUUGGAAAUGAUGACUUUCUUCGCGAUUGUAAACUUCGGCGUUGCCGUUAUAACGACGACGUUUUACUUUAUUUUGUACUGUUGCACGUUUAAUACUGAAUAUUUGUUUAGCGUACACAUACACGGGUUGGCUGGAUACAUAGCAGGUGUGAGUGUCACCGUUAAACAGAUCAUGCCCGAUUUGGUUAUAAUCAAGACGCCUUUGGGGAAGUUGACCAAUAGAAACGUACCUUUGACAGUGUUUUUCUUCUCCGUUAUAUUCAAAAUCGUCGGGCUCGUCGAUGGUACUUACCCGACGAUGUUCUUGAGUGGUUUGAUCGUCAGUUGGAUUUACUUGAGGUUUUAUCAGAAGCAUUCGAACGGGACGAGAGGCGAUUUGGCCGAUUAUUUCACAUUCGCAAGCUUCUUUCCUAACGUUAUUCAACCACCGAUCGCGGUUUUAAGUAAUGUAGUGCAUACAGGUUUAGUGAAGAUAGGAAUUUGUCGUAAGGUCAUAAGGAAAUUCGACAUGUCUAACCCUACGGGUGUUACUGUAACUGUUCCCGCAGCCGAUCAACACGAUAUGGAACGAAGAAGGCAAAUAGCUCUGAAAGCUCUGAGCGAAAGAUUAUCGAAGUCUCACAGCAGCGACAAGCAGCCGUUGCUUUCUUCCAAGCAAAACGCGAAGACUUUGCUGCCCCUGCACGCGCCGUCGACGUCACACGCGCAUGCGCAGGCCCACGACUUGAUCGCGUCCGUUUCCGCGCAAUCGGUAGCUCCUUCGAGCAUAGCAAUUCCGAAAUCUGAAGAAUAAUCCGUUAGUAGGUUCAAUAACUUGUGUAUAAAGUUGUUACAUUAUUUUGUAAGAUAUCUCCGAAGUCAUAUUAAUAAAUUAAAUAUUUAUUGUUCGU